GCUGGGAUGUGCUGUGAGACGUUGUCUGUGGGGUUGAUUCGAUCGCGUUCGAACAGUCUUUACAGCCUUGCAUCGGGAACAUCUUCGUACUUCUCUGCUUUAUUUCAUGGAAGAUAUUCGGCUGUUGGAACGGGUUCUCACUGACUGAAUCCGGUUUCGAAGAUAUUAGAUAUGCUUACUUCUCUUUCUCUGUUUUUCACUAGAACUACAAGCACGCCGCAGCUGCUGCAUAUCCGACCAGUAAUCAACGUCUGCCGCCGAAGAAUACAAGAACUAGCUGAUACAGAAAGAGAGAUGAAUGCGAUUGUAAAGGAUGCAGAGAAGUUGGUGGCAUCGGCUAUGGGAGGGAAUGAUGCAUCUCACGAUGCUUCACACGCUUUCAGAGUCAGAGAUCUCGCUCUCUCUUUGGCCCACGAAGAGGGCUUGUCUUCCUCUUCAGAAACCAUGGAAAUUGUAGAGCUUGCUGCACUUCUUCAUGAUAUAGGAGAUUACAAGUAUGUGAAAGACCCAUCUGAUGAGACGAUUGUGGAGCGGUUUCUUGAGGAGAUGGGCGUAGAAGAGAGAAAGAAGAGGAGGAUACUUAGAUUAAUAAAGGGAAUGGGUUUCAAAGAGGAAAUUACAGGGCAUCCAGGUAGAGAAUAUUCUGUGGAAUUUGGAGUUGUGCAAGAUGCUGACCGUCUUGAUGCAAUUGGUGCUGUUGGUAUUGCUCGCUGCUUUACCUUUGGUGGAAGUAGGAACCAAGUGUUGCAUGAUCCUGCUAUUCAACCACGGUUGGAUUUGUCCAAGGGUCAGUAUACGAAGAAAGAUGGGCAGACUACAAUCAAUCAUUUUCAUGAAAAACUUCUCAAGCUGAAGGACUUGAUGAAAACAAAGGCGGGUCAGAGAAGAGCUGAGAAGAGGCACAAGUUCAUGGAGGAGUUCCUGAAAGAGUUCUAUGAAGAGUGGGAUGGAAAGGCUUGAACAUGGUAACUUUCCUCUCAUUGCAGGAUUUUGUCUUUCAUACUCUUUUAGUUCCCUGAGGAACAAAAAACUGGAAACUUAUCAGAGACAGAUAUCUUAAAUGUUUAAUCAGGUGAGUUCUUGGCAUAUAAUUUAUCGCAACAAUCUGGUCAUA